ACUUGGAUUUCAUGCAGCUCACGUACUGGACGUCGGAUCUCUGAUUUCAACACAGUUUGGUCCAAGAGUAAUUGCUUUUAUUUACCCUUUUUUCGUUAAGAACAUCACAUCAUUGUUUGUCCAUCUGUGAAGGAAGCACAUAAAGGAUGGCUGCCUACAAGCUUGAAUCUAAGUUCACAACACCUACUGGUGCACCUCGCCACAACAUGGCUCCUAAACGAGUAAUGUCAUCACAAAAUAGGAGUUAUGGUAAUAUGGGUGGCAGUGUUUCAGCAGGAUUAUCUACACAAGCAACGAGAAUACUGCAGAAUGGCAAGCCAUUGACAUCAAGUAGCAGUAGUUCUCAAGAUAGACAUAAUAUAGCUUCAGGGUUUCACCAGACGAUUCAAAAACCUGCAGCAAGAAUGGUGCCCAAUCGACCAGACACCGGCAGUGAGAAUAAACCAGACAGCAUGUCGCAUAAUCAACAACAUAAACCAGCAGGACCAAGUCGAGCACUCAAGGAUUCACAGGCAGAUAAUGUUCCAAAAGCAAACCCCUCAACUCGGAAGCUCCAAGAGACAUCCAAAUGGUGUCUGGCUGACUUUGAUAUUGGCAGGCCUUUGGGUAAGGGCAAAUUCGGCAAUGUGUAUCUGGCCAGAGAGAAGGGCUCUAAAUUCAUUGUAGCACUCAAGGUGUUGUUCAAGUCUCAGCUGCAGAAGGCUCAAGUUGAACAUCAAUUGAGAAGAGAAAUAGAGAUCCAGUCACAUCUAAGACAUGAACACAUUCUACGUCUGUAUGGAUACUUCUAUGAUGACACUAGAGUGUAUCUUAUCUUAGAGUAUGCACCAAGAGGGGAGUUGUACAAAGAGAUGCAAUCCCAGAAAUCAGGUCAUUUUGAUGAAGAAUUAUCAGCAACGUACAUCGCCCAGUUGGCUGAAGCACUUGUAUACUGCCAUGCUAAGAAGGUGAUUCACAGAGACAUCAAACCAGAGAAUCUACUUCUAGGAAUAAAAGGUGGUCUCAAGAUUGCUGAUUUUGGUUGGUCAGUCCAUGCCCCUUCAUCAAGGCGAGCAACCCUGUGCGGUACGCUGGACUACUUACCCCCUGAGAUGAUCGAAGGCAAGACCCAUGAUGAAACAGUAGAUCUCUGGAGCCUUGGAGUACUAUGCUAUGAGUUCUUGGUUGGCAAACCACCAUUUGAAUCACAAGGACACGGUGAAACUUACAAGAAAAUUGCAAAGGUGGAUUUUACUUUCCCUAGUCAUGUCUCGGCAGGUGCAAGAGAUUUAGUGUUGAAGCUUUUGAAGCACAACCCUUCCCACCGUCUCCCUCUCGCUGGUGUACUAGCUCAUCCAUGGAUCCUUGAGAAGGCUCAUAAAACAAUGACCCAGGGACAGAAGUCGUGACCUUCAGGUGCUCAUAUUGCACUUGGAAAAAGUGUGUGUAAAUACAAUACAUCAGACACCAAUCUUUGCUCUGCUCAAAUAUGAUAACUGACAAAUGCGGGUGCUGAGUGUAAAAACUGUGUACAUUUGUAUUUAAACUUGAGUACUAAUUGUUCUUCUUGUAGUAAAUAAUCGUGUGAAUACUUGUCGGAGGUGUCAAUCAAUCAAUCCAUAUAAAAUAUUCUUGGAUUGUCACCAGUGUAUAGAGUGAACAUGAAAAUGCAAUACGUAUUUCAAGAUCCAUUUUUUAUCAAAAUGCUAUAACCUAUUUACAAAAGCGUAAGUAAUCUAACUGGCACUCAAUGCGAUAUUGUAAUGCCAUUUUGUCCAAUGAAUUCAGUGCCCAACACUCAUUAAUUGAUAGAGCAGCCUAUUUAGGGUACAUGCCUCUUAAAAGAUUUGGGUACCAUUUCAAAAUGUCCAUAGAUUUACAUAAAACUUACAGUGUUUGAAGAUAAUGA